AUACCAAAACAAAGAUUAACCUGUUCGACCAAGAUUGCAACAAAAAUUUUUCUUCGGGGUGUUAGUUUAAUUCCUAGAGUUCAUAAUGGAAGAGCUUUCAAGAGAGGUGGAGAAUUUAGACUUGAGCGAAUCAUCCGACGAUGAAUCUUCAGAGGAGGAAGAAUUGGCGAAAUUUCCCGUAGCAAUGUGGGAUUUCAAUCAGUGUGAUCCAAAGAAGUGUUCAGGUCGUAAAUUGGAACGCAUGAAAUUAGUCAAAUCAUUGAAAAUAAAAAACAAAUUUCAUGGUGUAGUUUUGACACCAUUGGGAACUAAAUGUGUCUCGCCAGCAGAUAAGGAAAUAGUGAUCAACAAAGGCAUUGCUGUAGUAGAUUGCUCCUGGGCUAAACUCGAUGAAACACCGAUAGCAAGUCUAAAAACUAGCUGUGGUCGCUUAUUACCAUUCUUGGUUGCUGCGAAUCCCAUUAACUAUGGGAAGCCAUGUCAGCUGAGCUGUGUAGAAGCUAUAGCAGCAACAAUGUAUAUUGUUGGGUUCAAAAGUAAUGCUAAAUAUUACCUUAAUAAAUUUUCUUGGGGCCAUUCAUUUUUAGAAUUGAAUGAAGAACUUUUGGAGAAAUAUUCCAAUUGUUCCAAUAGUCUGGAUGUGGUAGCAGCACAGAAUGAAUAUUUAGAUCAAGUCCAGAAAAGUCAACAACUCCGGGCGGGAAUGCCAGAUUUUCCACCGUCAGAGAGUGAAUCUUCUGAAGAAGAGAAUUGAUAGCUUCAUAAUAUUAUAGUUGGAGGAAUCAUGAAAAUAAUAUUGGAUAUCCUUGAAUAUUUGCAGACCGAGGGGGAAGAUUUAUCAAGGAUUUGAUAAGAAAAAUGAAAAGUCCAUUUAUGUGUAUGGAGAGGAAAAAAGUUUCAAAAUUGAUGGUAUGCAAAAUAUUUAUCAUCCUUAAUACACCACAAUAGAACCAAUAUUCAAUAAAAUACAUGAUGAGUAAAAUAAACUAGAUAUUUUCCUUGGA